AAAAAAAAAAAAGUCUGAGGGAGCAAGUGUAGAUAGAUAAAUUGGAAAGGUGGAGAAGGGCUUUUGGAAGCAAAGCUUAGCAAUAAACAGCUUUGAGGCACUUAUUUCAUUCAAAUCGAGAACUGUUUCAAGUUAGGUAUAUUGGCUCAUUUCGUACAGCCACCACAUGAAGAAGGAGGUACUCCAUCCAACUCCAUUUUACAAAUUAGGACACUGAGGGUCUCGGCAGUUACACAGUUUUCCAUGUCACACAACUCAAACAUGCCAGCUUGGGCAUUUGAAGCUGGGUAGCCUAACUGCAGAUCCAAGUUCUGAAUGACUCCACACUGACUGGGGAAGAAUUCUGUGACUGCCUGGUGACCGGCUGCACAUAAAGGCUACAAUGGCCCCUUUUCCCCUUGUGCCUCGCCUCAUCGCACUGUCCAGAGAGAAAAGUCCGCUAAUAGACAUCUGAACCAAUCAGCACUCAGAAAGGGGGAGGGCCCCAGUGGGCCUCACAGCCAAUUGGUGGAUGGGAGGUGUCUAAGGACAAAUGAGAGAUGUUUCUGACAGUAAGGCUGGAAUGGGUGGGACUAUAACCGGCACUGGUGCCUCGUGCCUGGCGGGAGCCAGAAGUCCGCGAGCAGGAAGCUAGAGGGAGUGGGAGGGCACACGCAUGCGCGUUGUACGCAGGAGGCCCAGCGUGAGGCCCCGAAGAGACCCCAGUACGUGGUGAGCUAGGGUUACCGCGGAAAAGAAGCCACUGCACCCCACAGCCACGUGGGGUGGGUAGGGGGCAGGGUUCGUUGGUCCAGGAGAAGGUGAGAUGCUCCACGUCCUGCCCCCACCAACCGUACCCUCCCUCCCUAACCUCAACUGCCCACCCUGGCCUCGUCUCCUACCCUAGGCCACCUGGCUGGUCCUGUGACUAGGCCCCAGUUCCUGGUAGCUCCGCCGUUGCCCCUUCUGCUUUACCGAGGUCUUCUCAGCCUCUCCAACUUCUUUUCUGCUAUUUAUCUCUUCUGCCCUUCUCCCUUUGCCAUCUCUUUCUGCAUUCUCCAGUACCUCCUCUAUCCUUGGAUUUUUCCUCUGUCCACAAUCUCUUCCUGGUUCAGCAGAUACCUGUGGUCUCAUGAUCCCGUCCCCCCCCCCCCAUCUUUUAGCUAUUUCCUUAUGUCCCGGCACCCUGUAACCCUCUCUAUUCCCUGACAUCCAUAGCCAAGGACCUUCCCAUUCACCGCGACUCCCUUGACCCCACCCAACCUCUCUGACCAAGCCUUUGCCAGUGGCUCCCUCCCCACUAUCUUACUCCCAUCUCAUCUUUGACACAAUGGACCCCCGGGGGCCAGCCCCCCAGCCUUUCCAGCGGCCUGAGAAACCUGGUCGUGUGCGCCGUCGGAAGACCAGGCGGGAGCGCAAUGAGGCCCUGAUGGGCAACCGCCGGCCAUUGACCCGUCAGGAUCCUCCUGUGGCCAGUCAGGAUCUCCCUGUGGCCGCUACCGCUCCCAAGCUUGUGGUCAUAACCCAGGGCCGGCUGAGCCGGGAGCACUGGGGUCUCUUCAACCAUGAAGUGAAAUCUCUGGACGUGGCACGGCUGCUUAGCUGUGAGUCCCUGGAGCCAGGCACCCCUUCAUUCCCCACCAAACCCUCCCCAAGCCCAAGCCAGGUCCAAGAACCAGCCCUGCAGUCAGGGGGCAAGGAGAACCAGGUUCCUAGAGGCUCGGGCCCAGGCCCACCCAGUCCCCCAGAGAUCCUUGGCUUGGGAAAGCUGCUGGAGGAGCUGCAGUGCCAGCUGAUUCUGCCACAGGCCUUCCCCAGGAGGAACCUAGUGCAAGAAGCCAGGGAUGCCAUCGUGGGCACCUUACAGUCCUGCCAUGGCUGUGUGCCUGACCUCACCCUGGUGCUCCAUGACUUCCAUCCACCCUUACCAGGGACCAAGCCUGGAGGCCCUGAAAGCCAAAGGAUGACACGCUCCUGGAUCAGCAGCCCCGAGCAGGCCCUAGGGGAGGGGAGGCAGAGGAGGCAACAGAGGACAAAGGAACUUACCUUUGCCAUUUCUCACACCUCCAGCACUCCCAUGGUGCACAGGGUGAGCCUGGCACCGCCAAAAGGUCCCUGGCCACCACCCUUGCCCUUGUUGCCUUCACCAUCUGGGGCAGCCUGGGGCCCCCCAACAGCCUUUGACCUGCUGAAAAGUAUCUGGCUCGUAGCCACACCACCCCCUCCCCGGCCCUGGGGGGUCGGACCACAACAACCCCUGCCUCAGCCACCAUCACCCUUGUUGCCUGAAACCUCUGCCCUGGACUGGAGCCCCAGCCCUCCUGCCCCACUGCCCAGCCUCUCCUGGGUAGUGGCUCAGAGCAGCCCAGAGGCCUGGUCCUUUCCACCCAUGAGACUGUACUGAGGGGGCUGAGGCUGGGCUGGGGGUACUCCUAAUCACCUCAAUAAAGUACCUUCUACAUGAUCCCCUUGCUUUUCAGUGAGUAGCU